GUGGGUCCCGAAUGUAAAAUUCGGUGUAAACGAAGUAUUUAUGAAUCUGAAUAUUUCGCUGCUUUAGGGUUGAUGUCAAUCUUAAUUAUAAAAUAAUAUUUUUGUAUUUUCAGGUAUUUAUGUAAUGUUCCAUUAUCGUGCGGUUCCCAGUAGAAACUUCAUUUAUUAGAUUAAUAAAACAAUGUUACGGAAAUGUUGUUAAACCUUUUCUUUAUUUCCUUCCAUAACGAAUUAUAGAUAAUUAUUUUCCCGGAUUUCGAAACUUUUAAAUGCCUUAUAUGGCAUUUAAGCAAAUGUUUGAGGUACAUUGUAUCUGUAAGCUGCAGGGUUUUCAUUAACAUCAUGACCCAUUCUUUUUUUAAUAAUGUCUGAUAAUGCCUUUCUAAUGUAUUUUAUUAUAAUUUCAUCCGCAACGUUCCCUCGUCCCGAGCACCUGAACCAACACUGCACCUCUGUCCUCUACUCCCUUCGCUUCUUUUUAUGUCAACAUGGCGGCGAAGGGUGUUGUCAAUGAGCACAGCUUAGUGGGAAAGAACGGUGUUAGUACACAACACGACAGAAACGGUCUACGAACAGUUCAAGAAUUUUGUAUUCAAAACGGGAAAAUUCAGGAAUCAAGAAAUGGAUCGACGCAUCAUAGCAAGGAGAAGAAAAGAAAGACUGUGGAGUCAUUUGAACAAGUUCCUCUGUACACUGCUGUGAUGACAUACUUGGGCUUCUACCUUUUGAUGUUUUUGGGUUGGUUGAAUCAACUGCUUUUCACUCCCAAUGUUGCUCGUGAACAAAAUAGAGAGGGGUAUGUGCCACUAUAUAACAGAUUUGAAAGUUUUUAUCUUCGAUAUGUGUAUCGACGAGUUCGAGAUUGUUGGAAUAUUCCUAUCUGCAGUGUGCCAGGUGCUGAAGUGGUUUUAAAAGACAGAAUUACUAGAGACUACGGAUGGACAUUUGAAUUUACAGGUACUGAAACUAAGUGCUUGAAUUUAGGCUCAUAUAAUUACUUAGGCUUUGCAGAAACUAAAGGACCUUGUGCUGAAGAGUCUGCUCAAGCUAUUCGUGAUUUUGGUUGUGCACAAUGCAGUCCGUGUCAAGAAUUAGGGACCAAUCCUCUGAUUGUUGAGCUUGAGAAACUGACAGCAGAAUUUCUUGGAGUUGAAGAUGCCAUUGUAUUUGGCAUGGGUUUCGGUACCAAUGCUCUGAAUUUACCCAGCCUUCUAGGACCUGGAUGUUUGGUGUUAAGUGAUGAAAAAAAUCAUGCAUCUUUAAUUCUUGGGCUCAGAUUAUCAGGGGCUACUAUAAAAGUAUUCAAACACAACAAUAUGAAAAACUUGGAAAAAGUUCUGAAAGCUGCAAUUGUUAAGGGGCAACCUCGCUCUCGUCGACCAUGGAAGAAAAUUCUUAUUGUUGUGGAAGGAGUAUACAGCAUGGAAGGAUCCAUUGUUAAGCUUCCUGAAAUAUUGGAGUUAAAGAGAAAAUACAAGGCUUAUUUGUAUGUGGAUGAGGCUCAUUGUAUUGGUGCUCUUGGAGAAAGAGGUCGUGGUGUUGUUGACUACUAUGGAUGUAAUCCAUAUGAUGUAGAUAUCCUAAUGGGAACCUUUACAAAGAGUUUUGGCUCAGCUGGGGGAUACAUUGCUGGCUCUAAGAAACUUAUCGACUACUUACGUAUCAACAGCCAUGCAGCUUGCUAUGCUUCAGCCAUGUCACCUCCUGUUGCACAGCAGAUUUUUACUUCUAUGAGCAUUAUAAUGGGAAAAGAUGGAACAACAGAAGGUUUGCGCCGAAUUCGACAGCUGGCAUAUAACACUCGAUACUUCCGGGAGAGAUUGAAGAAAAUGGGAGUCAUUAUUUAUGGAAACCAGGAUUCUCCGGUUGUGCCUCUCCUAGUAUAUAUGUUUUCCAAAAUUGGUGCUGUUGUGAGAACUCUGAAGCAAAGACGAAUAGCUGUUGUUGGAGUUGGCUUUCCAGCGACACCUCUGAUGGAAGGCCGAAUCCGCAUCUGUCUUUCAGCUGCCCACACAAAAGAACAGCUAGAUGCGGCAUUGGAGACAUUUGAAGAGAUAGCAAAUACAUUAGGACUACGCUAUUCCCAGCAACGUCGUCCAACAGAUCCUGUUUUAUAUGGAGUUCUGGAUAAAGUAGAUUGACAGGCUAUUUUGAACUCUCAAAAUAUUUUGCAUUUACGUGCCCAAAACUGUUUAAAAGUGCUUGUGUGAGAGAGAUGAAUGAUGCAACAUUAUGCCUUAUACAUGUUAUUCCAAGACAAAUAGUAUGUACUUACAAAUUUUCCACACAUACUAUUUAUUUUCUUUGCUUUGGCACUGCUUUUUGGAUUUAUCUCCUAUGUUACAACUGUGAUAACUAUUGUACAUAUCAGAGCUUUUACAGUGACCUUGUGGAAAUGAUUUGUACGUAAUGUUCUCUGCAAGAUAUCCAGUAAUAAGAUUUGUAUUAAGUUGUCACCUUGAGAGGAUGAAGCCAGAUAGAGAGAGAGAGAGAUUGGUAUAAAAUGAAUGACAAUUGUACACUAUUGCUUUUGUAUUGCAUUCAUAUUGUUGUGUGAUUAUUGUAAACAAAUUAAAAGUUAUUUCUUAUA